GUUCUGGUUUCCAUAAUGUUCAGUUUUGUAAUCGGGUCACUUGAAAGGAAUAUUGAGAGCGAGCUAAACAUGUCUGUAUAAGAACACCUAUGACCGAUAUGAGAAAACAAAAUAAGAACUACUGCAUGACGAAAUGUAUUAUGAAAUAUAUCGCCAUCAAUAUUAUUGCGACCGGUUCAGCUUUGUCAAAUCGUCCUGUUAAGUUUACGUUAGAUCAACGUCCUCCGUUAUCUAUUAAUUGUGAUAAAGCUAUAACUGAACAGGAAUAUGAACAUUCAUUUAAAAAAUCUGAUACUUUUAAUAACAAAGACAAUAAUUAUGUACAUCUAAAUAAUUAUGACGUCAUUAAGUAUAACACUGACGCUAUUGAUGACGAUGCAAAUAGAUUAGUAAAUUUUGAAACAAAUAUUCUAAAUAAUGAUGAACCAUCAAAAUAUGAUGAUAGUGAGACAGUAUUUAAUAAAAAUAAAGAAAAAAGAAGAGAUGAGAAAGAAUCAGCGAAUAUGAAUACGAACUUUACUACAAUUUACUUAGCCGGGUACGAUGAUGAAAUUUUUCAAAUAAAACAAGAGCUUCAAAAUAAAGACACAAGUAAAGAAUUACUUAUUUGUUUUUAUCUGUGCAAUGACUUACAUUAUAAUGAUUUGGGUUGCCUUUAUACUGACAUUAGUAUUCUACAAGAUGUUUUAUGGAAAUACACGCAUUACUUUUGCGUCGAUAAUCAAUUUUUAAAACCUACCUGGUGUUUGGAUGAUAUUAUUACUACAUACAAUUUUCCUAAUCGAAAAGAAAGCAUAGACGAUAACGCUCUUCAAACAAAAAAUAUAAAAAAAGAAGUAUCUGAAGCAGAGCAAGAUAAAAAAGUACAAGAUACUACAAGUAAUAAUCUUAACCAUUUUAAUUGUAAGCCAUUUAAUAUUAGUAAAUAUUAUCCGAAGAUUAUUAACCCUAAUGAAAACGAUCUGAACGGUAGUGAUAUAGAUUUACUUAAGCACAUAUUAAAAGGAGAAAAUAUUACUAGAGAAAAAGACGACAGGAGAUAUCUGAAUCCGAACAAUUAUAGCAAGAAUGGAUGCUUAGAACUUGAUACUGGAAAUACUGUAAAUACAUUAGAAAGAGAACAUAAUCAAAACUGUUCGCCUCUCAAUACAGGUGAUGGAAAUAAUCCUAUCUACACCAACGUAGACUAUAGUGCCGAGCCUAAUAUAAUAUUUGAAACCAUAAAGAACCAAGAUUUCAUAUCAAAUAUAAACCAGGACAAAAAUUAUGAUUAUAAACCUGAAAACUUAAAAGCUGAAACACUUGAAGUCAUUGAAGAUUCAACACAAAAUCUCUCCGACCCAAUUAACAGUACAUCUACCAACGAAGCAAAUAUUUUACAAUAUGGAACUAAUUCAAUAUCACUGAAUAACAUAGCUGCUAAUACAAAAUAUACAAAUAACACAGACGAUGGAAAAUAUAAUGGAACUUUUAACGGAUUUUUAGACGACUUCGUGAAUUUUACAGAGAGUGAAAUUAAUAAACUUGAACCUCCAAGUGUUGAAAUUAUAGCCGAAGAUAAUCCUUUGUAUAACAAAUAUACAGCUAUAGGUACGUAUAAACCUAAGCUAGAUGAAGUUUCCUUAACAGCAAUAUAUAAUUAUGAUCGAACUCCACAAGCAUUGUGUAAUAAUAGCCAAAAUAUUUUUAUACCAUCGAAUUUGAAAGAAGCUGAAGUUACUUUUAGACAACCUGAGUAUUCAGUAAAAAAAUAUCCAAACCAACCCUCAGAUACAACAAAGCGCUCGAACGAAGACCAAACAGAAAAUUUGCUUGAGAAUAAUGCACAAAAUAAACAUCUUAAUAUACUAGUGACCAAUGCACCCUAUAUGUAUAAUUUUAUAAAUAAACAAUCAACUAAUUUAAAAUCACAUAUACGAUGUCAUAUAAACCAUAGUGAUUUGGGUGUAAGCAUAUGCCCAAUUUCAGAUCCUAAAACUAAUAUAGCAUUAGUUCGUUUGCCAUCAACAUAUUUUAAACUCAAUCGCAGAACAGAAGAUUUAUUAACAAGUUUAGUAAAUGAGAAAAAUCCACCGUUAUCCGGACUUGGUAACAAGCAACAUUAUAGUUCUGAAAAAUCGACACUUGAUCUAAUAUUAAGUGAUAAAUUGAAGCUUCCGAUAAAAUUCUCAAUAACAAAAGAAGAAAGAGAGAACAGAGUUCCAAGCUAUCAAAAUUCGGAUGCGAAGAAUGAUCAAAUUAAAAAAGUUGAUGUGAGGAUAUCUCCACAAAUAUGGAGAAAAAGUCCAACAGUUAUAGAGUAUAAUUCUUUACCGAUGGUUUAUUAUCCUGAACCCGAUAAUGGUGUUUUUGCUCAAUCUAAUAAUAAAAUUAAACCUCUUUAUGAGUAUUAUAAGUGUUCAAUAACUCAAGAUACUUUAGAAAAAUUUAAAAAUAAUGUUUAUCUCGAUACCCAAAGAACUAAUAUGAAAGAUCUUAUAAAAUGGAACUAUUUAAAAAACCCACCCUAUAAGAGCAUUGUAAAAAAAAUUACUCAAUCAUUUUCUAAAAAUAUUAAUGAUACUCAGAACAUAGAUUACUCUACAUAUAAUAGCGGUAAAUAUGACAGAGCAGAACCGAUUAUUUCAAAAAUUAAUAUGUUUGAAAGCAAUAAUAAGCCAGUUUCCCAAAUAGAAAGGAAGGUUUUGCCAGUUGAUUCUAAAAUGGAAUAUAGACAAAACCACGAGACUAUUCUCGGUUCUUCAACCUUACCUAAUUUUUAUCCUAUUGAUCCAACUUUACCUUACAAGCCAUUAGUAACAUCUCCGUAUUCAGUAUUAAAAAACAAUAUAGACGUCCCAACUAUAUUAUCUUGGCACUCGCCAUGUACUAUAAACAAAGCAUUAAAAACAAAUUCAUUAGACUUUGAACAAGUUACAUCUGAUCUUUUAAAAACAAAAAAAGGACUCAAUAAAAUACCAAAAACUUCUGCCGCGAUUGAUUUCAUUCCAUCGUCCUAUCCGACCAAAUGUUUUUCAAGCUCAAAUCUCGGCAUGAUCUCAACCGAUCCAAUAUUAUGUCAACUUCAAAAUCAACAAUAUUCGAAUGUUUCUGAAUCUCGAAAAAAUGUUCUACCAAAUUCUAUUUCAUAUGCUAACUCAAAAAAAGUAAAUUUAGUAUCUGAACUGUCUUAUAGUUUGCCAUUAGCAUCAGUUUACGAUAGAUCAAAUAAAAAAAAAUUAAAAUUUCCUGAUUAUGUAACUUCUGUAAUUUCUUCAUUAAAUUUCAAAUCUUUACAGAAAACGUCUAUUAUGUUACCGAAUAAAAAUGAUCUCGGUUUUCCAUUGAAUGUUUUAUCUCCAUUUGGUUUGCCUUUUUCAAGAUCAUAUCCACCGAGAAAGUCUGUACUUAUCGUGUCAUCUUUAUAUGAUUAUAUGGAGAUGUAUGACCUUUUUUCACAAUACAGAUUUCCAUGUACUAAUUCAUUAUUAGUUAAGUCUUUAGAAGAUAAAAUAUAUCCAUAUUAUUACAUCAAACCAAAUAUUAGGUAUAUACCUAAUUAUUUAAAAACUAGUCUAAAGGCACCAAUCAAUAAUACACGAUUAGUAGCGCCAACACCUAGUCCACUUACAACAGGUCUUAGUUCAAAAGGUAUUCCAGAUCAUCUUUCAUCUUUGCCUACAUCAUCGAAUAAAGACUUAAGUUCUACAGUUUUUCCAUUUCCUAUGUCAUCAUUGCCUAUUUCGUCAAAUAAAGUACUACCCACAAAUAGUCUUCCAAUCCCUAUUUCAACUAGGCCUAAUUUAUCGACUUUGGAACGUGGACGAAUAUCUUUUCCAGCACCAGUUCAAUCUUCACCUAUUUAUUCAAAUAUUGAUCGAAGACUAAACGAUUAUUCAAUUCCUAAUUCAUCUUUGCAACCUUCAUCAAACGUUAGUUCGAAACUAUUUCAUCCACCCAUUUCAUUUUUCACUUCACCGUGUACAGAUUUCAAAUCAAAAGGUACGCCAUUUCAUCCGAUACCUUUACCUAUUUUGAUGAAUAAAGAAAUAGGUACAAAUAGUGUUCCAAUUCCUAUUGCAUCUUUAUCAACUUCAUCUUGGCCUAUUUCAUCGACUAUAGAUCGUGGGCCAAAAACUAUUUCAGCUCCUAUUAAAUUCUUGCCAGUUCCAUCGAAGCUAGAUUUACGUCCAAAGGGUUUUCCACUACCUACAUCAUCUUUACCUAUUUCGUCAAAUAAAGAACUAGGUACAUUAUUUCCACUUCCUAUUUCAUCUUUACCAGUUUCAUCUUGCCUUAUUUCGCCACCUUCACAACCUAGACCAAAAAAUUUUGUAGCUCCUUUUCACUUUUUGCCUAUUUCAUUCACAACAGAUUAUCGUUCAAAAGGUUUUCCUUCUUCCACUUCAUCUUUGCCUAUUACAUCGAAGCUAGAUCAAAAUUUAAAAGGUCCUAUUCAUUCUUUGCCGAUUACAUCAAAUGAAGAUUUUAAUUUAAAAAGUCUCCCAGCUUCUUCGUUUUUGCCUGUUUCAUCAAAUAAAGAUUCAAGUUCAAAGAGUUUUCUAUUUUUUAUGCCAUCUUUACCUAUUACGUCAAAUAAAAAAGAGGGUACAAAAAGACUGCCAAUUCCUAUUUCUUCUUUAACCAUUUCAUCGGCAAUAGAUCGUGGACCAGAAACUUUUCCUAUGUCUAUUCAAUCCUUGCCUUGCUCGAAUCUAAAUCGAAGCAUAAAAGGCAGUUUUCCUAAUAUUUCAUCUUCUAUUUCACCGUCUUCAUACUGUAAAACUUUGCCGUUUUUAUCAAAUCUUGGUCUUUGUUUAAAAAGUUUUCCAGCUCCCAUUUACUCUUUAUCUUUUUCUUCGCCCCAGGAGGUUAUACCGAAAACUAUUACUUCUCCUGUUUUAAAUAGUUAUCAAUUUCCACUGUCAUCUUUACCUAUUUUAUCAAAUAAAGAAGUAGAUACAAAAAGUCCUCCAACUCCAGUUUCAUCUCCCUAUCCUUUUGUAUCAACUUUAGAAAUUAAACCAAAAAUUCAUCGAAAACCUAUUCUAUCUUUGCCUAUUUCAUCGAACAAAGAUUUAAAUUUGAAAGGUUUUUCAACUCCUGUGUUAUCUUUGCCUAUUUCUUCUCCCCUGAAAGCUGUAGCGAAAAGUAUUACCUCUCGUGUUUUAUCAUUGCCUUUUAUGCCCACUAUAGCCAAAAACAAUAUAUUGGAAUAUGCAAAGAUGAAUAAGUCAUCUUUGCAUAUUCCAUCUACUUUAGAAAUUGGAUCAAAAAGCUUCCUUCAAUCUGUUCCUUCUUUUCCAAGUUCUUCAGAUAUUGAAUUUCAACCACGAUACAUAACACCUUCUUUUUUACCUUUACCAGUUUCAUCCAAUUUAGAAUUUCAACCAAAAUAUCUUUCAGAGCAUAUUCAAUCAUUGCCAUAUUUGUCAAAUUCAUCAAAUGUAGACCUAAACUCAAAAGUUUUUCAAUCUCCUGUUUCAUAUUUGCCAUUUUCAUUGAAUAAAGAUUUUAGUUUAAAGGAUUUUUCACCGACUAAUUUAUCUCGGCCUGUUACAACUCCAGAAAAAGUUUUUGCAGCGCCUAUUCAAGAUUUUCCUAUUGCGUUGAAUUUAUAUCUUAAUUCAAAAGGUUUCUCGCCUUCUAUUUUAUCGACUUCAGAACAUAAGCCAAAAACUUUUCCAAAACCUUAUCAAGUCUUACCUGUUUCAUUGAACAUCAAUCCUUGUUUAAAAGAUUUACCAAUUCCUAUUAUAUGUGAUACUAUUCCAUCGACUUCAGAAAUUAAAUCAAAAAGUUUUCAUCCUCUUCCAUCUUUACCGUUUUCAUCAGCUAUAAAAUUUCAACUAAAAUCAAUUCCACGACACAUACAAUCUUCGCCUAUUUCACCCAAUAAAGGUCUUAAUUUAAAAUAUUUUUUACCGACUAAAUUAUCUUGGCUUUUUCCUUCGACUCUAAAUAUUAUGCCAAAAACUCUUACAACCCUUAAUCAAUCUAUGCCUAUUCUAUCGAAUAAUAUUAAUUGGAAAGAAUUUCCAUAUUGUAUUUCACUUUCGCCAACUUCAUCCCCUUUAGAAUUCAAGCCAAACAUUCUUCCAGGACCUAAUUCGUCGAAUGUACACCCUUGUUUAAAAGGUUAUUCGUGUCCUGUUUCACCUUUGCCUGUUGUAUCGAAUCAAAAUCUUAAUUUAAAAAGUUUCCGAAAACAUAUUUCACCUCAUUUUACUUUGCCUAUGUUAAAAAGCAUCGGUUCUAUAAGUUCUUUUAAUUUAUCAAACGCCUCAACAUUACAAGAACCAUAUCAAACUGAAAAAAAUCAACCAAUAUUAGCUGAAAUUAGAAGCUAUUCACAAAAUGACAUGUACGAUACACGUAGGAAUAUUUCAUAUUUUACUAACUUUAGACCUACAUCUACACCUACAUCUCAAGAAGUAAAUUUAGUGGACCCAGCUUCUUAUCAAAUCAUUUCAAAUAAACCACUUUAUCAACCUUUCAAUCCUAAUUUUUUUUCAAGUAAAGUAAUAAAUGGCGCUCAUUCAAAAGCUCUUAAAACACAAGAUAAUGUAAUUAAUCCAGUACCUUAUUUAUCGAUUUCAAACCAUCGACCAUCUGAAAUAAUUUCGAAUUCUUUUUCCAAUCCAUAUGAACAAAAGACAGUUCAGUAUUAUCCAAAUUUCAAAUCAAUGCCUAAGCCACAAAGUGCAGUUUUGAAUAACGCACUUCCUAAUUCAUUUACUGGUAAUUUACCAUCUGUAUAUCCAUUCAAAGCUAAACCCAAAACCAUUUUUCCAUUUAACGAGCCAAAAAUACAAUCGAAAACAUAUUCGUAUAUUCCAUUUCAAUCAGAUCAAGAAAUUGAAAAAUUGCCAUUAAUAAAUAACGCAGUUUAUCUUGAUUCUCAAAGCCCGAAGUCUACCCUAAAUUAUCACACACACAACCCACAAUCACGCUCAAAUUUAUUACAAAAUUCAUCAAGUCAGAGUAAAUUAAAAUCUAUUUACUUACCCACAAGAUCUAAUUUAAAUAACCUCCAUCCUUCCUUUAAAUCAACAAUCACAACUGUCCCAAUAUCACAUUCAGUCACGGAGGAAGAUAGAAUAUAUACAACUUGUAAUUUACAAAAAUACUUAUCUCAUACUCAACACGAUUUACAACCAAUCUUAGGUACUACUGAAUAUCCAUCAGAUAUAUACACGCCAACAUUUGCUUCAAAGUUUGAACCAAUAGAUUCUAAAACGAAAUUGACAUCAACAUUACAAAGCUUGUUACCAGCACCGUCACAUUAUAAAGAAAAAUUAAUAAAAUUUUCACCUUACAAAUCUAAGCUCCCCAUUCAAUCUUCUAAUGAAGAAUUUAUCCCAGAAUCUCUAUCCUAUCGAAACACUCAAACAAAAUUUGAUAGAAAAUAUCCUCAAUAUCCUACAGAAAUUAACAGUCCAAUUCAACGCAAUCUACACCGAAUUACUGAUACAGAAGUCUCAAAAUCCUUUAACAAAAUAGAACAUAUAUAUCCAAAAUCAUCAUCUUGUUGUGUACAUGAAAAUUUUCGCAAUAAAAAUAAUUCAAUAAAUCAAACAUUAAAUCAUUAUAUCAAUAAAUAUGGUGUUAUAAUACCUAUCGAUAUAAUUAAAUACGAACCGAACAAUUUGAACAAAUUCAAUAUUAAAAGUAAUAAUCCGGACAUUGAACUGAAAGCUUGGAUAUCUAAACUGAAAUUCUUAAAACCAAAAAUUGUUCUAGACGAAGUUGAAUAUACAGCAAUUAAUUUUAUACCAAUUGUCAAGGAUAUCGCACGAUACACACCUGAAAUUAUUCAAGAUACGGUUAAGAGUUACGUUCAGAAAUAUUACGGUAAGCCGAUUGUUUUAAAACGAAUAUACAGUUUUUGUCAACACUACGACAUUGAUGUAACAAAGAAGACGGGCACAAUUUAUAUAAUAUGCAACAAUGUAUGGCCUACACACGAGGAUAGUUGA